GCCCCCAAUGCAGGCGCCUCCUCCUCCUCCCUAUCUCGGCUACGGCGUGCAGUAGCCUGCCUGAACUGUGGAGAAACACCUCUCUACUCCCCUCAUUCCACACCACACCGAGCUGCCUGUUAGCUAGCGGACCCUGGCUCCGGUGAACAGCCUUCUGCACCGCAAGAUCUCAAAAUUGCGAUUCAAUGUGGACUUAUUCUGUGCCCAAGGACAGGCCAAGAGCUUGCUAUGAAGAUUUGACCGGUUCAAAUUAGCUGUUCCAUCCCGGUCGAGGGUUUUGUACCAUGUAUCAGGGUAUUUUAGUCAUGAGAAAGUUCCUGUUUGUUGGAAUAGUUUUCGCGGCUUUACUUCAUUUCAUGCUCCAUAUAUUUGUUCAAAAGAAAACCAUUUCUACGUCCAUUGUGCCUCUACAAGAGCCUUACACAACACUCAAACCGUCGACUGCAGACUCUCUCAACAGUGCACUAAGGUUUCCAACAGACCCAGUUAAAGACUACAAGUCAUGUUACAAUGAAAAGUUCCCGCUAAUAUUAAACAUAUCUGAGAUCACGCCUUUUCUGUGUGAUGACUACUUGAAACAAUCUGCAGUUCAUGGGUUUAAUAAAGUUGACCUACCUUAUGGAACCCGGAGAGGAGACAGGUAUUUUGAUAUGGCUCUAAAGAAACUUCCAAAAUGUGACCUCCCAGAUGACAUCAAGAACAUAUCCUGUAAGAAAUGUGUGGUAGUCGGAAAUGGAGGCAUCCUGCGAAACAGCACUUUAGGGAAGACCAUCGAUAGAUAUGAUGUAGUAAUAAGGAUGAACGAUGGUCCCGUACUAGGUUAUGAAGAGGACGUCGGACAAAAGACUACUUUCCGCCUCUGUUACCCAGAGUCCAUCUUUUCAGACAGUUUGCACUAUGAUCCCAACACGACAGUGGUGCUUAUGAUGUUCAAGCCACAUGAUGUAAAAUGGCUGUCAGAAUUACUCUUACACAGGAGAGUGAGCACUUAUGGAUUUUGGAGAAAACCUGCCUUGAAUUUAAUUUACCAACCUUCUCAGCUGAGAGUACUCAACCCUGUCAUCCUUCGGCGAGUAUCUCAAAAUCUGUUGAAUUUUCCAACAAAUUUUCCAAAGACAGAAAAGCCAAAGCACCCGACAACUGGAAUUAUUGCCAUCGCAUUGGCAUUUCACAUAUGCAAUGAAGUUCAUAUAGCAGGAUUUAAGUAUAACUUAACAGCCUUGAAUAGUUCACUUCACUAUUAUGGAAACGAAACAAUGUCUGUAAUGGCACAGAAUGAAUAUCACAAUAUAUCGGUGGAGCAGAUGUUUCUUAAGGACCUCAUUGAACAAAAAACUAUCAUAAAUUUGACGUAAUGAAAUCCGUAUACUGGGAAUGUUAUCCCGCCAAAAAUAAACACUGCUUAGUGCACGGUAUUAACAAUUUUUUUUUUUUAAACCAAGAAAGUAUAUAUAGAAAAAUAUUUUUUUUGGAAGAACUGAAGUCCAGAAGGAAUUUUUUUGAUGCGCAUUACUUCUUUAGAAAAAAACAAAAACUCUUUCUGGGACCAGUGAUAGGAUCCCAUGGUUCUUUUCGUCCUAGACUAUGAAGCACAAAGACAUGCAAUGUGUUUUUUUUUUUUUUUUUUUUGUUUUUUUUUUUUUUUGUUUAUAUGAUUGUAAUGAGAAAUGCUUUGGAGAAAUGUACCAUAUAGUGAACAUUUUUAAAUUUUUUUUGUUCAAUUGUUAAUUAUUCUGUUUGAAUGGAGUUUGUGGCGAAUGUUCUGUUAAAAGUUAUAAAGGCUAAUCUAAUAUUAGGUUAACCUUUUUGUGUUGUACAGGUCAAUUUUCAGUGCUCUUAUAGACCGCGAUGUAUGCUGAAUCUAGGCAGCCGAAUGUUCAUCAGGUACAUCUGUAACCUGGCAUACAUGGUCUUCACAUCACUGCAAUUUUGUAAUGUGUCUUGUUGUUUUAUAGCUGCUGUGCUCCUAAGUUUCAAUGGGUUUAAAUACCUAAAGAAGAACUCCGCUCUAAAGCCUUUUGUAGCCCCUACAUUGCUUUCUAGCCCCAGGACCCGUGCGAUCCUGUCAUCUCCUCUAAUUGAUUUUCAACUUGGCUGAUUUUAAGGAGAAGUGUGAACGAAAACUCCAUCCAUGUGGUAGUGAUGUCACAGCAAUUCAAUUAGCCCAAUCAGCCAAUACCCUACUCUUUCAAACAUCUUGUAGCUCCCUGCCAUGGAAACCUCACUGAUCCCCAGACCUAUUAAUAGGGGGUUCAGUAAGGUUAUAUGGUUCAUAGUUGAGGUUCCCUUUUUAAAAUAAAAAUUACAAACUAACAAAAAAAUGUGUGUUCCCUGUUGACACAAUUUGCCAUAAGGAAUAAAGCCAUAUUUCUGCCAAAAGUGUUAAUAACAUUUUCAGUAAAUAAAAAGUUCAGUGGUUUAAGUGAGUCUUCAUAGCUAAACAUCUACAUUAGAUAUACUAGUUAAAACAGGUGUUGUGUUCCCACCUGAAAAGCAUACUUGUACAUGUAGCCAUCCAUUGCAUCACACGCACUGGAGGCAGCCAUUUUGUGAGAGCCUAUCCAUUCUCUUGGAGCUUUUAGAGGUAGUGCCUCAGUGAUGAUGCUUACUCCUAGUUAUUGGGCAGACUUCACUUUCACCUAUGUUGGUGCAGCAAACAACAUGACUGCUUCUACUGUGUGUUUGCGGGUUGGGUACGAAAUCACAGCAGUCGGGAUCCCAACAGUCAGAAGACCAAAAGUGGAAUCCCGAUGGCCAGAAUCUUGUCACAUCCCAGUAAGUAUUUUUACCCUAACCCACUCCUCCCGCAACCUAACCCUAACCUCCCCCAUCUGCAGCCUAACCAUAUCCCCCUCUACUGCUUAAUCCCUAAUAGUCCCACCCCUACCUGCAACCUGUGUCGGGAUUCUGACCUUUGGGAUCCCGUUACUGGCUUGCUCACUGUCUGUUCCCGACUACCAAGAUUUUAACCACAUCCCAUGUGCACAUCAGUGGGAGUCUGCGCCCAUCAUCUACUGUAUAAAAACAUUAAUCUUAUUUGUGACCUUACAUUAUAAUCUGAAUAGCCAACUUGUCUCACUGACUACUCUGUUCACACAACAUUAAGUAUUGUGUUUCUGCUAGAGCUGGGUUUAAUUUUCUUUAGUGAUGAUAUACUUAUCUUCACAUUUGUAGAGAUGUUUUUUAUAACUAUGUUCCUCUUUAAAAAAAAAUACAUUGAUCUCAUGCUUGUGCUUAUUCAGAAUUUAUAUGUUGUAAUUUCGCAUCUGUUUUGUUUUUUUGUUUUUUUCUAUUUAUUACAAAACUUACAAAAGUUCUGUUUAUCAUUUACCCUUAUAACAUAAUUGCAUGUGCGCUCACUAACAGCAGCCUUUACUGGGUGCGUAUGAAACAGUUGCAUAUAUUCAUGAAUCUACCCAUCCCACCUACUCCAUAAACUCACCGGAGGUCAUUUACGAAGCACAGCAGACGCACGCAACAAGACUCUAUGGUAUUUGCAUCAGUGUGCCUUGGCGGUCUGCGUAGCGCACUCUCCAUUCUUAGAAGACACCUACGCAACCUGCUGCGCUUGGGAUGAGGAUGGGCAAGUUUCAGAGGCACAUUGUGCAAAACUGUUACAUCAGAUUUCACUUUAGUGAAAAUAAAACAAGCUUUUCUGUUUUUCAAUUAAAA